AUUUUAGUAGUCUUCCAAACCUUCGGCUAGUAUGGAUUAGUCCGGAAGGUUAAAGGGUGAAAUUUGCGCAGGCGCAAUGUGGGCGGCAACAUGGCGUCUCGGGCGAAACGGAGAGCUGUGGAGAGUGGGAUCUUUCGGCCGCAGGGUGCCCAGGUCCAUUGCAAAGAGGAAGAGGAGGAAGAUGAAGUAGAAGACGAGGAUGAAGACAAUGAAGACAGUGACGAAGAAGAGGACGAAGACGACGAAAUCGUUGACGAGGAAGUGAAUAUUGAAUUUGAAGCUUAUUCCAUCUCAGAUAACGAUUAUGAUGGAAUUAAGAAAUUACUGCAGCAGCUUUUCCUAAAGGCUCCUGUGAAUACCUCAGAACUAACAGAUCUCUUAAUUCAACAGAACCAAAUUGGGAGUGUGAUUAAGCAAACGAAUGUUUCAGAAGACAGUGAUGAUGAUGUGGAUGAAGAUGAGAUUUUUGGUUUCAUAAGCCUUUUAAAUUUAACUGAAAGAAAGGGUACCCAGUGUGCUGAACAGAUUAAAGAGUUGAUUUUAAGCUGCUGUGAGAAGAACUGUGAAAAGAGCAUGGUUGAACAGCUGGACAAACUUUUAAAUGACAACACCAAGCCUGUGGGCUUUCUGCUAAGUGAAAGAUUCAUUAAUGUCCCUCCACAGAUCGCUCUGCCCAUGCACCAGCAACUUCAGAAAGAACUAACAGAGGCACAUAAAACUAAUAAACCAUGUGGGAAGUGCUACUUCUAUCUUCUCAUUAGUAAGACAUUUGUGGAAGCAGGAAAAACCAAUUCUAAAAAGAAAUGGAGCAGCCAGAAGAAGGAUGAAUUAAUGUUUGCAAAUGCAGAAGAAGAAUUUUUCUAUGAGAUGGCAGUCCUGAAGUUCAACUAUUCAGUGCAAGAGGAGGGUGACACUUGUCUGGGAGGCAGGUGGUCUUUUGAUGAUGUACCAAUGAAGCCCUUGCGAACUGUGAUGUUAAUUCCAGGUGACAAGAUGAGUGAAAUCAUGGAUAAACUGAAAGAACACCUGUCGGUAUAGCCCAUUUCCUGUGGACAGUG